UGCUCCAUUCUGGUUCAUCCCGGCGUGCAGAAAGCACUCUCAUUUUCGCAAGGUGGUGUGGGCGUGGAAAUCGGCACCUGUGGCGCGAAGACGACCGCAGACCCCUACCCUGGCCGAAGGUAUAAAGCGACCUGACACUGCGCCAAAAGGAUAGUUUGGCAACGAGAUUUUCGCGAGCGUGACAAUGAGUGGCCGCUGCAUCCUGUUCGUGGCCGCCGUGGCUGCGGUGGUAGUGCUGGUGGCCGCCGUGUGCCCUUACCAAUCUAUUUCGGCCAGACACACCAUUUGCACGUACAGGACGGCCGCCUGCCGAGGAAAAGCCAUGCUCAGAAGUGGUGGUCUUGGCUGCACGGAUAAACAAGUAAUCCUGGAUACACACAACCAGCUGCGUCAGAGCGUUGCUCUGGGCCACGUGGCCGGGCAGCCCCCCGCCGCUGGCAUGCGCGAGAUGGUGUGGGACGAAGAGCUGGCGGCGAUCGCCCAAAGGUGGGCCGACCAGUGCACGGUCGGGCACGACGCUGAGAGAUCCACUGGUCGAUUCCCAGUCGGUCAGAACGUGGCUGCAACCUGGACCCACGGGACGCCGAGUCCUGCGGGUCCGACUCCGGACUUCCGCAAACAGAUCGAAGACUGGUUCAGCGAGGUGAUGCGCUGGGGCUUCCGCAGGUCCGAUCUCGAGCACUUCCUCUUCAGCGAGCACACUGGCCACUACUCUCAAUUGGUCUGGAGCGAUACUUAUUUAGUCGGCUGCGGUUACUCGUACUUCAAGGACCCACAGAGAGGUUACACCAAGCUGUACGUGUGCAACUAUGGCCCAGGGGGCAACGUGCUCGGCGAGCACCUCUACCAGCCAGGACAGGCCGACUGCUCCGGCCCCGAGCUGACCCCCUCCAGGAGGUACGCCGGACUCUGUGAAGCCCGUGGUUCGAAUCCCCCUGGUUUGUUCUGCUCGGCACAUGACGCGCACCUGUUCACGGCACAGAGUCCGUACAGAGACCACCACCACGGUGCAGCUUCGCAACUGCACCCCGUGCACGUGGUGCCGAGUACUGUGAUGCGACCACCGCCGGCGCCGGCCCAGGCCAACUUUCUGUCUGCCAUCCUGCCAAGAACCCCUCAUUACCACUUCUUCGGUUAAUUCAUUAUACAACUUUGGGAACGAUUAUUUUGCCCUUGGAAAAUUUGUAAAUACAGCACAAUGAAUUAUUUGUAAAAAUAUUAUGUAAAUAAAAUUGCAUUCAAAAAUGUAUAAAAUUUAU